GAGCUUUGCGUAACGUUCGUCCUUCAUUGUGGCUCCAGUUCCGGUGUGAAGAAGCCGGACAUUGUCGCUGUUCGACCCGAACCAGGUCCAGCGGCUCACCGGCGUCUCGUCCUCCCGUCAGCCGCAGUCAGAGCCACCAUGUCGUCCAGUUGGUGGAGCAGCGCCGCGGUGACUCACGGCCUCAUGGCGCUGUUCGCGAUGGGCUCCUGGGUGUCCGUCAACAGUCUGUGGGUCGAGCUGCCGGUGGUCGUCAACGUGCUGCCCGAAGGUUGGAACCUUCCCGCCUACCUGUCGGUGCUCAUAGCGUUUGGGAACCUCGGUCCGAUCGCAGUAACCGUCACCCACCACUGUGCUCCCGGGCGGCUGAACGAACGCCUGGUCAUCCACUGCAUCCAGCUGCUGGCCGUGGUGGCGUCGGCCUUCCUCGCCAUCUUCUGGUCGCACACCGUCGUCAUCGCAGGAGAGCAACGGUCGCUUCCCUUCCUGCUCUUCACCUUCGUCUUGUCUCUGGUCUGCUGCACCUCCAACGUCACCUUCCUGCCCUUCAUGUUCCGCUACCCGCCUCAGUACAUCCGGACCUUCUUCAUCGGCCAGGGCCUCAGCGCCCUGUUCCCCUGCAUCGUGGCGCUGGGACAGGGAGUCAACAAGCUGGAGUGUAAAAUGGUGAACGACACCGUGCAGCCGGAGUACCUGAAGGAGAAUUUUCCUGCAGAGAACUUCUUCUGGUUCCUGUUUGUGAUGCUGACGGUGUCGGCGUUGAGCUUUCUGGCUUUGACCCGAAGACAGACGCAGCCUCCGAGCGCCGAGCCGCCGCAGGAGUCGGACGGCACGGCGGUGAAGGACGGAGAGGAAACCGAACGGCUUCACAACGGAGGGACGCCGGCGUCGGAGGAUCAGGUCCAGCUGGAGGAGCAGCAGCCGCCGGGUCAGACCUUCUGGACGCCACGAAACAUCUACCUGCUGGCGCUGCUCGCCGUCUCCAACGCCCUCAGCAACGGCGUCCUGCCGUCCAUCCAGAGCUUCUCCUGCCUGCCCUACGGGAACAUGACCUUCCACCUCUCCGUGGUGCUCGGAAACAUCGCAAACCCCCUGGCCUGUUUCCUCGCCAUGUUUGUAGUCCUCAGAUCCUCCUCGGGUUUGGGCUUCUUGUCCGUGGCCGGACUUGUUUUUGCUUCGUAUCUGAUGGCGUUAGCUGCUCGCAGCCCCUGUCCUCCGCUGCUGGGAAGUCCUGCUGGGGUGGCGUUAGCGGUCAUCUCCUGGAUCGUCUUCAUCGGCCUCUUCUCCUAUCUGAAGGUGGUGAUCGGGACUCUGCUCCACGAGGCCGGUCACGCUGCCCUGCUGUGGUGCGGCAUCUCCAUCCAGGCCGGCUCCCUGGUCGGAGCUCUCACCAUGUUCCCCCUGGUCAACAUCUACCACGUGUUCUCCAGAGCCCGGGAGUGUGUCGACGACUGCACCAAGCAGCGCUGAAGAUCACGCUGUACGUUAUCUGUCCUCUCCUGGUUCAGAGGCCGUAGAGCCUGUGGACGUGAAAACAUUCCCAGAUAAUGGGAGCAUUGUGCUGCUGCACGUUGGCCGAGGGGAGGUAGAACACGUAUGAUGCAGUAAAACCACAAGUGCUUUGUGUGGCGUUUCAUAACGAGGCUCUGUAGCCGAGGUUGUUUACAGUUUACACACGGAUUUCCCAACUACAACGCAUCACGUGAAGCUGUUUGCUCAGGGACCAUUAACUUAUUCAUCACUCAUGUUUGUUGCUCCUGACUCUCCAACUGCACUCCCAACAUCAUGGUGGGCAAUCUGGGGAAAGGAGAACUUAUGAUUUAGUCGCUUUAUUAGCUGUUCUAGUUAGAAAACCUGCCGCUAAAAGCCAUCAGCAUCCUGUUUUGGUUUUAUUAUUCUAGUUCUGAAGUAGGGCUGCAGCUAUCGAUUAGUUUCAUAAUCGAGUAUUCUAUCAAUUAUUCAUGUAAUAGGAUUAAAAAUAAUAGAUUUAAUUUCCUUUUUUGUCUAUCUGUCUUCACCAUUUUGCAUUCCACGCUUUGCAUGUGCGUUACGGCAUAAAAGUGAAAGUGCAACAGAAAUGCGGUGUGUAUACAGGGUGGGCCAUACGUUUCCAUACAUAGGAAAAAUAAACAUUUUAUGUUGGACAGCCUUUUUUUUAUUUAUAUAAUGUGCUCUAUAUGAUUACCAUUGUUUCAAAAACACACAAUAUGCGUUUUCCACUGCUGAUGAACUUGCAUCAGCACAGUUGAAGUUCUGCUUGUAUUGGCGUUGGUGAUACGUUCCUUGAGAUGAUUUAUGUGUCGUAUCUCCACCUGAUACACCAUAACCUUCAAGUACCCCCAAAGAUAGCGUCAAACGCAUCUUCUAGGCUAUGUGAAACAUAAAAAAAUAGACAUUAUACAUUUUCCUAUGAGUGGAAACUUAUGGCCCACCCUGUAGAAUAGUACAGGGGGUCCCUAAAGUCUGGACGCAUAGGCAAAAAUAGAUAUUUUCAAGAGAUUAAAUUUGUCUGCUACCUUUCAACAUGUCCAUCCUUCACGUCAAUCAGAAUCAGCUUUAAUGGCCAAGUACUUACACAACAUGCAAGGAAUUUCGUUUUGGCUGUUGGUGUCACCCUAGGAAUAUGGAAGGGAAUAAUAAAAAAGAAACUAUAGAAAGAGGAACAGGGAGGAGAAAAAAAUAGUAAGAAAAUUAAAUGUAGCUCCAUAUAUCCAGAAAUUUACAGUAGUGCAAAUGAUAAUUGCAUGAUGCAGUGCAAAAAGCAGAGAUAAUACUGGCAACUGAGAAGUACCUGUUCAACUCUUUCUUCUUUCGACAAAGCCAUAUUUAAUCCGUGGACGCAAAAAAAUGAUAGCUAAUGAGAUUUCCAGACUUUAGGGACACCCUGUGUAUAGUGGAUUAAAUGUAGCCUCGUGGCCUUCGUUUCGGUCCUAAUUUGAAGUAGUGAUUCUUUCUUCAUGGCUUUGAUGCUUCUUUUUAAAGUUAAGCGUGCACAAUUUUAACUCGGCAUUUGAUCUGAUUAGCAGAAGAUUAAGAAUAAGGAAAAGCUUUAUUGCCAUUCAAAGAAUGUAUCUUGGUAACUGAAACUUACAGUGCUCAUGAAAAGUUAGACAAGAUAGCAACAGGGUUAGUAAGUAAUAAAUAGAAACUCUAAAGACCUGAUAAAUAAUCUAAAAAAUCUAGAUGCACUAAGGGAAAAGUACUAUUUAAAGAUAUAAAACAGCUGCAGCCAUGUUGCACUUUCCUGCAGAUUGCAUCACUAAAGACGCCACAUGUAGGUUGUUUAUUUGUUUAAAGUAGCCUCCUGUACUGUUGAAUGUUUCCUUCCUAUCCAUGUUGUGGAAGUUCAGCGAGGUCGAGAGACACAGGGAGACACACUGGAGAUGACUUAGGUUGUUCGUAAGGUUUACUGAUAUCAGAAGAAGUGACACCAACAGAGCAGCAGUACAUGCAAGCAAUGCCAGAAUGCCAGCAUCAGCUCUGACCAUUCUCUCUGAUCUUUGGGUAUAUAUUGUAGUGUAGAAGGUCAGGUUUAGAGUACAGACCAUAUGGAGACAGCUAGUCUGCUUAGUCAUGUUGCAGUUUUGGCGCUCCUUGGAAUCAUUUAAGACUCCGGUGAGUCUCUCGAGCUGCAGAUUGAAUCUUCUUCUGCUAGCUGGAGGUCCAAUCCAUCCAGAACCCACUGCAGAUGGAGAACUGCUGCAUUUCCUCUCUACACCAAGCUUAUCGAGGAUGUAGAGGCGCAAAAAGAUGCCGUAAAGUCGGCUCAUGGUGAAACCUAUCAUUGCGUCUAGGAUGGAGGAGUUGGAUUCCAUCGGCAGGUCAUGAGACUCACUAAAGAGAAACCUGAAUGAACCUGAAACAGAGGGCAAGACAGGCUGGUGAAAGUGAAAAGUCAAAUAAGAAAGCACAAAAUCAGGUGUUUAGUGAUUGUGAAGGAAUGACUGAGGACAUUUUUAGUGUUGGUCUGCCGUCCAAAGAGAAUCUGGUGGAAGAUAAAUAUGAUUUUAUCCAUUUUUGUGUGGUCUAAUCCUUAUUUCUAAACUAGUUGGUUUACCUCUUUAAUUUAGGGUUUUAGCCCUGAUAUUUAUUAUAGUCAGGUAAUGUUUAAUUUUAUACAAUUUUGGUUGGAUUUAAAUUUCCUAAUAUUCAAAUUACUCAAGUAAAAUGCAAAUUAUGAAUAAUUAAGACUUGUGCACUUUGGCUCAACAGCUUUAAAUGUAAAACAGUGACUCAUAAACCAAUCUAUUUUACAUCGGAAAAAAGAAAAGAGUCAACUUGAAGACUCUAUAAAAUAAUAAAGGAUUUUUAUGUUUGAUAUCAGAGUGAUUCGGAUACUUCUUGGACCGCCGACCAACACAAAGCACUUCCAUUAAUUUAGAAAUAAUUUAAAGUACUUCCACAUAGCACUGUUCAUGGUGCAAUCUGUAAAAUAUUUCCAAAAAGGAGGCUUUCAAACUGCUAAAUUAAAAUUAAGUCAGCAAUUCUAAUCCAGUGCACUUAAUCAGACUCGUUAAAUAUCUACUUAUGGUUUUCUAGCUGUACGUUCUGUGGGAGUGCUGCAGAAAUAUUACAUAUUUGUACACGACAGGGCUAAAGACAUGACAGUAAAUCUAUGACAUGCUAACUCGCUACAUAUGCUAACUAGCUAAAUAUUAGUCGUUCUGCAGAAUCACAUUCACACUAAGAUUAUCAGAUCGCCCACCACUAGUCCCUACAGAGGUAAAUAGUGUGUUUUUAUUUUCCCUGACAGUUUUCAGUUCUCUGGCUACCUCUUUGUUUUUAUGCUGAGAAGCAACAAACUCUAAUAUUUCCACACUUUAGAUCUUCUGUGAGGUCAGUAUUUAUCAGUAUAAUUCAUAAAAGCAGAAAUUUAAACUUGUAGCUCACAGCUGCAAGAACAUUCCUUGACUCAGCGCCAAAAAUAUUUCCAACUGAAGAGCUGUACAGAUGUGGCCUUUAUAUAUUCCUGUUAGGUAAUCCUGUUUUUUUUUUUUUUAUUUAAGUCUAUUAAUGAUAUGUGAAGUUUUGUGAUGAUUUUAAACAGACUAAAGAGCUUCAUUGUACUUAUUUUGUUUUUUUUUUUAGAGUUGGGUAAAAGGUCCAGUUCAGUUAGAACACGCUGCCAGUUUAAGAAACACUUGAUGUGACACGGCUUUUUGUUGAUUAUUGGUAUUUUAAAGGCUGAUCUCUGAUGGUUUCAGCUGUUGGGUGUGAUGGUGAAGCUGUAGCUGGAAAUACGCUGGUUAUUGUUUAGAUUUCUGCUGCUGUGGUUUGAUCUGUGGUGCUUUGGGUACGUCCAGAACCUGAACCUGAUUUACUACGUUACCACGUUUAUAAAGAGACUGGUGUCUCCUAGAAAUUACUGUAGUUUGGUUGUCAGAGUCUGAUGAAGAAAACCUGUAAAAGGGCUGAACUAUGAAGCAAGUUCAACAUACCCAGACUUUUUUUCUAUGUAAAUUGUCUCAAAAAACUAAAACCCCAGUCAGAGAUAACAGGUAGCAGAUGGUGGUUUUUGGCUUUCUUUGUGUGGAAUAUUAAAAAACUGAUGAUGGUAAAAACCACUGCAAAUGAUGGAAGACAGGAAUGCGGGUAGAAAACUGUAUAUUCAAACAUUAUAUGGAAACUAAUCUAAGUCUCAAUUCUCUUCAGACUGCAUCAGGUUGUUCUCCAGGAUUUCUCUAGACUUUGAUGCAUUCAUUUACCCUCAACCUUUACAAACUUUCCACGACCUGCUGCUAAAAAACAUCCUCACGUCAUGAUGCUGCCACCACCAUGCUUCACAUCAUGAUGCUGCCACCACCAUGCUUCACAUCAUGAUGCUUCCACCACCAUGCUACACAUCAUGAUGCUGCCACCACCAUGCUUCACAUCGUGAUGCUGCCACCACCAUGCUUCACAUCAUGAUGCUGCCACCUCCAUGCUUCACAUCAUGAUGCUGCCACCACCAUUGUUUCAACGGUCUGACACCGUCUCAUAAUGAAGUAAGAUUUGUUACUGACUGAAUAUUCUCUGUUAUAAAGUCAGUAAAAUAAUCAUUUUCCUAUCAGCUGCAGAACCAGCAGUUUAAACGGACCAAAUAUAAAAAUGUAUUUUUGCAUCACCAACCAAAAACAUGGGUUCCCAUAUGGCAACAUGAUGCACACAGUGUGUGAUACUGGAACUACACGGCUUCAUUCAGUGGUUUUAGUAAUGUACAGAUCAACAGGUUUGCAGAUGGAACAUUUUCCCUCAGCUGAGAAUCUGUAUCAGUCACAGAGAACAUUUUGGUUAAAAGCUUCUUACUGUUGAUUCAAGUCUAAACUCUGAAUAUAAGCUGCUCCUGCCCACGGCAUCAGUUACCAUGGAGAUCUAGUUCCGGAGCAUCAGUUACCAUGGAGAUCUAGCUCCACAGCAUCAGUUACCAUGGAGAUCUAGUUCCGGAGCCUCAGUUACCAUGGAGAUCUAGCUCCACAGCAUCAGUUACCAUGGAGAUCUAGUUCCGGAGCCUCAGUUACCAUGGAGAUCUACCUCCACAGCAUCAGUUACCAUGGAGAUCUAGUUCCACGACAUCAGUUACCAUGGAGAUCUAGUUCCAAAGCAUCAGUUACCAUGGAGAUCUAAUUGGUUAAAGAGAGCCCACUUAAUGACACUAAAAACUGGAUUUAUCCAUCAAAGCAGCAGCUGUUUAUCAGUUAAGAUCUGCCUUUUAAAAUGAACAGUAAACAAUAAAUACAUCAAGUGUUUGACCAGCUGUCAUUUCUGUGGUUUCUCUAAACCGACAGUGUUUUCUAACCAAACUGGACCAAAACACUUCAUGUGGAUCAGAACGUAUCUAAAUCUAAUCCUCCAUAGUUCUUGCUGUGGGCUUUAGGUGGCUCUGAUCUUUUCAUUUAUGUUGAUGUUUUUGUUUUUUGUUUUUUAAACUAAUUGUCCUGUAACCUGAUUAGACAUGAAAGGCUGAAGGUGAGGAAAUGACGGUUAAACAAUAAAGAUUGUUAAAGACGUUGUAAA